AUGCCACUUCCGCGUUCAAUUAAAGACGUUGUAGAAAACGAGAGUGAAUAUGGUAAUUUAUUUUCUAAAGAAGAUCCAGAAAAAUUAUUUAUUGAUUUACGAGAAAUUGGUCAUGGAAAUUUUGGAGCUGUUUAUUAUGGUCGAAAUUCGGAAACAAAUGAAAUUGUUGCUAUUAAAAAAAUGUCAGCUGGAAAAAAACAAAAUGUUGAAACAUGGCAAGAUAUUUUAAAUGAAAUUCGUUUUUUACGUGAACUAAAUCAUCGUCAUUGUAUAGCUUAUCGUGGAUGUUAUUUAAAAGAAUACACAACAUGGCUUGUUAUGGAAUAUUGUCUUGGCUCAGCAGCAGAUCUUAUUGAAGUUCAUAAAAAACCUUUAACUGAAGGGGAAAUAGCUACAAUUGUAUGUGAUACAUUAUCUGCACUUGAUUAUCUUCACUCAAUGCAUCGAAUACAUCGUGAUAUAAAAGCAGGAAAUAUUUUAUUAACUGAAGAUGCUAUUGUCAAAUUAGCUGAUUUUGGUUCUGCUUCAUUUACAAGUCCAGCAAAUAGUUUUGUCGGUACACCUUAUUGGAUAGCACCGGAAGUUAUAUUAGCUAUGGAAAAUGGUCAAUAUGAUGGAAAAGUUGAUAUAUGGUCACUUGGCAUAACUUGUAUUGAACUUGCUGAACGUAAACCACCAUUAUUUAAUAUGAAUCCAAUGUCAGCACUUUAUCAUAUAGCACAAAAUGAUCCACCAACAUUAAUGAUGAAAAAUGAAAAUCAACCAACGAAUCCUUCCUAUACAAAUGAUUUUAUUUCGUUUAUAGCAGUUUGUUUACAAAAAAAUCCAAAUAAUCGACCAACAGCUAAUGAACUUCGUGAAACAUCAUUUAUAAAAAGUAAUAGUAAUCGAGAAAUAUUAAUCGAUUUAAUUCGUCGUACACAAGAAGCUGUUAAAGAAUUUGAUAAUAUACGUUAUCGUCGAAUGAAAAAAGUUUUAAUGGAAAAUGAAGAACAAAAUACAUCAAAUACACAUAUUAGUCACACAAAUGAUUUUAUUAAUAUUGAUAUUGAUAGUUCAAGUAAUACACAAAAUGAUAUUUUAGAUGAUCCUACAUUAGAUGAUGAUGAUGAUACACAAAGUGUAGAUUUUCUAUCUCGAAGUAAUGGUAUGCAACCGAAUGAUGAUGAUGAAAGUUUAAAUUCAAGUCGUUCAAGUCUUCAACAACCACCAUCAGCUAUAUUUAAAGGUGUCGUUCUAACAAAACCCAUAUCAACAAUAUCUCAACCAAUAAAUAAUCCAAUUUAUGCAGGAAUGCCAGCUAAUAUUAAUAAUGUUAAUAGAUGUUUUUCAGGUGCUGAUACAACUUCAGCAUCAAAUAUUAAUCAAUCAUCAUCAUUACAAAGUAAUAAUAAUGAAUCAAAUGUACAAAUGAGAAAUAAUUCAAAAAUCUCUGAUCCUUCAUCAGCACGUCAUAAUCAUCAAUCUAUUAAUGAAUUUUCUACAAUAAAAACGUCACGUAUUGUUAUACGUGAACAACGUGAACAUGAUCAAGAUGAUCAACAACUUGAACAAUUCCGUGGUUAUAAACAAAUGAGACAUCAACAUCAAAAACAACUUAAACAGUUUGAAGAACGAUGCCGUAAUGAAAAAAUUGAAUUACGUUCAAAACUUGAACGUGAAUAUAAUUUAUUUCAAGAACAAGUUAAUUUAGAUAAUAAUCGUUUAUUAGAAAAACAUCGUAAAGAAUUAGCUGAUCGAGUUAAAUAUAAUCAAAAUAAUAUGAAAAACAUAGAACGUCAACAAGAUGAAGAUUUAGAAAAUGAACUUAAACGUUUUCAUCAAGAACAAACAAAACAAUAUAAAAUAAAAAAAGAUGAAUCUAAAAAACAAAUAUUAAGUACAACAAUAUUAACAAAAAAUGAAAAAGAAGAUGAAAUUCGUCGAUUAAAAGAUGAUUUACAAUUCAAAUUUCGUAAUGAUGAAGACAAAUUACGAACACAAUUAUCAAAUAAUUAUACAAUUAGACGAUUACAAACAAAACAACAAAAAUUAUUAUUAUUACAUACUCUUGAAAGAAAUUUAUUUGAAGAAAAAUGUACAAAAAGUAUGGACAUAAUUGUACAACGGCAUGGAUUACUUAAAAAACAUCAUGAACAAACAAAAGAAGUUGAACUUCGACAAUUAGCUAAUUUGCAUAAAAUGCGAAAUGAUUUUACUCAUAAACAACAUCAAACAGAAAUAAUGAAUUUUAAUGAAUAUAAUAAUCGUCGUCAAAAAGAAUUGAUUAAACGACACGCAUUAAAUCAAAAACAAUUUCCAAAAAAUAUUAAAAUCAAACAAGCUGAAAUAAAACGUCAAUAUAAAGAAGCAUAUAAUGCUCAGUCUCAACAAUAUAAAGCAUUAAAAGAAAAAAUACGUCAAGAUUAUCUUCAUGCAACAUCAAGUCAAUCACGUGAAGAACUUGAUUCAAAAUUAAAAACUAUUAAAGAUGAACAACGAAGAAAAUUUGAUAUGCUUUAUUUACGUUUUGAAGAAGCUGUACAAAAAAUGCUUGAUCAACAAAAUAUAAAACUUAAUUCUGAUCAAGAACGUGAACGUAAUUCAUUGAAAACAGUAGUUGAUGAAGAUCAGCGUACUUUACUUCAUUUACAAGAAGAAAGUUAUCGUCGAAUGGAACAACAACAUUCUGAUGAAAGACGACAAUUAGAACGAAAUAUUGAAGAUCGUUUAAGAAAACUUAAUGAACAGAUGCAACGUGAAUUAGCUGAAUAUAAUGAAGAUCGUACUCGACAAAUUUCAAUACUUGCAGAAAAACAACGAGCUGAAUUAUUACAAUUAGAAAAUGAAAUAACAAAAUUAGGUAUUAAUAUUGCUGAUUUAACUGACACAAUGCAAGAUAUACAUUUUUUUGCUGCUAAUACAGCUGUUCAAUUAUCUCCACAUGAUAAACAAAUGUUAAGUAGAAAUUCUCAAUAUAAUAAUCGUGCUUCAAUGAUCAGUUUACAACAUUCAAAUAGUUCAAAUUCCUUUAUUUCAAAUACAACGAAUGCUAAUGGAACAACAACAACAACACAUAAGUAA